AUGGCUAGCAAGGUAGGAGGCAAGCAAACAUUUAGGGUGAAAACCUUGGUUGCACGACACAGUUGUGGAAGGGUCUUUGGAAACAAAAGUGCAAAUGUGAACUGGAUUGCACAAGUUUUAGUAGAUAGGUUUGUAAAUGUGGCUAACAUGACAGUCAACCAAAUAAUUGAUGACAUUAAGAAGUCAUUCAAUGUUGGAAUAACUCCUUGGAAAGCUGGAAAGGCCAAGCAAAUUGCCUUGGAUUCUUUGGUUGGUGAUGGAGAGCGACAAUACGGUCGUGUAUAUGAUUAUGUGGGUGAAUUGGUAAGAGUGAAGGCUGGAACAUUUAAAAUUAAAGUCAAUCAACCCCAACCAAGUUUGCCUCCAAGAUUUGGCUCAUUCUAUAUGUGUUUAGAGGGCUGUAAGCAAGGCUUCUUAGGAAGUUGCAGGCCCUUCAUAGGGGUAGAUGGUUGUCAUCUGAAGACAACAUAUGGGGGUCAGUUGUUGGUGGCAAUGGGCAGAGACCCGAAUGACCAAUAUUUCCCACUAGCUUUUGCUGUGGUUGAAAAUGAAUGCAAAGAGAGUUGGAGAUGGUUUUUGACACUACUACUGGAUGAUAUUGGAGGCAUUGAUUGUCAACGUUGGGUUUUCAUCUCUGAUCAACAAAAGGGACUAAUGACAGUUUUUGAUGAUAUAUUGGAAGGAGUGGAACAUAGAUUGUGCUUAAGGCACUUGUAUAACAAUUACAAGAAGAAGUUUGGUGGAGGAGUGCUUAUUAGAGAUCUUAUGAUGGGGGCUGCGAAGGCCACAUUUAAACAGGAUUGGGAAAAGAAAAUGGGUGAGUUGUCCAAAGUUAACAUUGAUGCUUACAAUUGGUUGCUAGCUAUUCCAACUAAUCGUUGGUGUAAACAUGCAUUUAGUAGUUAUCCUAGAUGCGAUGUCUUGUUAAAUAAUUUGUCUGAGUCAUUUAAUAGUACAAUUUUACUAGCUAGAGACAAACCUAUCAUAACUAUGAUGGAAUGGAUUAGAACUUACAUUAUGAGGAGGUUUGCAUCACUUAGAGAAAAAACAAAGACAUAUACAGGCGUUGUGAUGCCUAAACCACGAAAUAGGCUUGAUGGGGAAGUUGAGAAGAGUGGAAAUUGGAUUCCAACUUGGGCAGGGGCUGCAAAAUUUGAAGUCACUCACGGGUUUACUAUGGAUAAAUUUGUAGUUGACCUAAGUAACCAUUCAUGUAGUUGUUACUUUUGGGAUUUGGUAGGAAUUCCUUGCAGGCACGCUGUGGCUGCCAUCAAUUACAAACUAGAAAACCCUGAAGACUAUGUACAUCCUUAUUACAAGAGAGAGGCUUAUGAGACUUGUUAUGGCCCUGAAAUUGUUCCAAUCAAUGGACAACAAUUGUGGUCAACUUCUGAAUCUGGUUCCCUACUGCCUCCAAUUUAUAAAACACCCCCUGGGAGGCCUAAAAAACUAAGAAGAAGGGAGGCUGAUGAAUAUGUGACUCAUACAAAAUUGUCAAGGACGAAUGUUGUUAUGAAGUGUAGCAGUUGCAAUGAAUUUGGUCAUAAUGUAAGAACAUGUAAAAUGGGAAAGAAAAAGGAGGAUCUGGCAGCACAAGGGCCACUUCCAGUGCAGGAGGUUCUCAACCAGAACCAGCUCCAUCAUCUUCACAAGGAGGACCAACAUCAACAAGGCCAAGAACAAGUGGUAGUGGAGCAGGAGCUACAUCAAGUCACCAAGGAGGAGGAACAUCAAAACGGGGAAGAAGAAGCGGCAGUGGAGCAGGACCUGUAUCAAGGCACCCAGGCGGAAGCAGAACAUCCUCACGACUAG